UAUCAAGCCAAAGGAAAGUCUUGUAACUACAAUCGUCCUGGUGCGGCUGGCGACAUUCCGCGCAAGCUUAGCCCAAGGGAAACACCUCAGCAUGUUCCUGACCUUGUUUCCCCUCCAUCUUCACCAGCCCAUUCAUUCUCACCAGCUCAUUCGAUUGAGGUGUCCUCGACGUCGACAAGCUUGACUCUCCCAGGCAUUGAGUCACACGCCUUCUCGGAUAAUAACCGAGAAUCGAACUCGGACUCGAAUCUCAACCGUCCAUACUACGCAGCCCACGGCCGGUUCGCCGGCCAGGUGGCGGCGGCUAUAGAGGAGAGAGCCGGUCGAGCCCCACCAGCUACGACAUACCUUGUUCCACUGGUCGAUGCGCCCUUGUUUGGAGAUCUGGAUUUGCCCCUGCGAUCUUCCCCACUUUCGGAGUCCACCGAGUUGCCCUCCCGCGCUCGUGCAGAUCAACUCGUCAAUAUAUAUUGGCGACACAUACAUCCGGUUGAGCCUGUGUUGGAUUAUGAUCAGUUUUCGCAGAUAUAUGCGAAGUCAUUUUCGACGGAAGGUUGCCUCGCGCAUACGGACCAUCACAUUCAGCUCAGUAUCCUCAAUGUGAUAUUUGCCCUCGCAGUGCAAAGACAGGAAUGGGUGCCAUUCAAUUUGCGGAAUGAAGAAGGAAAUACUUAUUUUCAACGUGCGUGGGCGCUAUUCCCGACCGAGUCGAUUAUUUGGGAACCCGGCUCUCUUGAGCGUGUGCAGUGCUUGAUGCUUAUGAACCGAUACCUCCAUUGCACAACUCAUCAGCAAAAGACAUGGAUGACUGCUGGACUGGCAAUGCGCAUCGCACAAACAAUGUGUUGUAAUUCCCUUGAGACUCCCUUAGGCAAAGAUGCCGGCAAUGACGCGCGUUUGAAGCGUAAGGUUUGGGCGAGCUGUGUUGCAUUGGAUCGGUGUGUUUCUUGGUCACUCGGAAAGACAUCAGUGCUGGCACUCAUUCCAUGGCCGACAAGCGACUGUCAGCAGGGAAGCGAUACAACGGGGCACUCUCGGUGGAAACUGGAACUUCACGAGAUAGGCAAUCAGAUUCAGAUGGCCCAGAUUCAGACACGAAGCACCCUCGCAUCUCGAUCUGCGGUGCCACGUCUAGAUCAACAGGAGGAAUACCACACCGCGGCGGUCCGCCUAGACGCUUGUCUCAACAAAUGGGAGACCAGUCUUCCAAACGAUUUACAAUUGCGGAAUCUUAAGUUUCUGGAUGACAGGACAGUCCGAAUGGAGCGCUAUUUGAUACACCUUCGUUUUCUCCAUUCUCGUAUCUAUCUCUACAGGCCAAUACUCGCCCGCUUCUACUCCAUGAAAUCCAAUGGCCAAUCAAGGUCCACGAAUCCCGCAACUCUCAGCGAGCGGCUUCUGAGAGAAUGUGCUAAGAUGUGCGUCGAUGCCGCGCAAGGUGUCACUGCCUUGGUGACCGAAACAUUAGAGCCCUGUGAGCCUAUCGAUAUCAUCCCUUGGUGGACACGUAUUUAUUACCUUCACAUCGCGGGCGUGAUCUUCCUCGUAGCCAUGGUCGGAUCCGAUCUCUUUACCGACUCAGUCGCUCAAUCAUGGCAGGAUUUUUUGGCAGGUCUCCGCGCACAUGUCCACCUGAGUACAUAUAUUCAGCAGUGCAUUUGUACCUUUGAGGCCCUGUCCGCCAAGAUCUUACAGCCCACUGGUCCAGUCGCACAGAGUGGGUGUGAGCCCCUGGUGGAAGGCGCAGGGGUGUGCUUCGAUGAUAUUUUCCAAGAUUUCCGCUUUGACUUCGAUGAAUUCUUAUUUAGGACGGAAGAGGUGCUCAAUUUUGAUGUGCUCGGGUCAUGA